AUGGACUUCCUGAAGUCUGCGGUGGCUUCGGCGAUCUCGAAAGGGCCACCAUUUCCGUACUCCUUCAGCGACAGAGUUGACGUCGACCAGUCCAUCUGGACCUUGCACAACGGCACAAAGCGAGAAGACAGCUCCAAAUGUAGCAUAUUCUCCUUCGAUGUCACCGCCAACAAGUCUCGACUACCUCUGGCGCGCAAUGCCCUCCGAAAGCUACGCACGCUUCGACAUCCAGGGGUCGUCAAAGUCCUCGACACCGUUGAGACAGAAACCUACAUCUACAUCGCGACCGAGCGCCUGACCCCACUAAGCUGGCACACGAGACGGAAAGCCCUGGCAGAGGAGACGAUGAAAUGGGGCCUGCAUAAUGUUGCUAAAACCGUGAAGUUCAUCAACACCGAUGCGACGUCCGUCCAUGGCUGCAUCCGCACUUCCUCCAUAUUCAUGAGCGAGAGCGGGGAGUGGAAGCUGACGGGCUUUGAUGUACUCAGUUCUAUGAAGGAUGACGACGCCAUAAUAUAUACUUAUGGCAGCCUUUUGCCCGACUCCGGACGGUAUGCCUCUCCCGAAGUAUCAAAAUCUGGCUGGGAAGCCAUUCGGCAAAAUCCUGUUCACGCUGUUGAUGCCUACGAUUUUGGUAUUCUAAUAUUUGAGGUUUUCACCGGCACCUCCAUAGGUAAUGAGCAAGUGGGGCAGACAAAAACCGUGCCGCCGAGUAUGCAUCAGAGCUAUAAGCGGUUACUGAAUGCGAACCCAAAGGCAAGAUUAAGUGUAGGACAGUUUUUGGAUCAGGGCAGGAGGCAUGGAGGAUUCUUCCAGACCCCCUUAAUUCAGAUUACCGAAGACAUUGAUAAUCUUGGCCUCAAAGCUGAUGCUGAACGAGACGAACUUCUGAGCCAACUAGACGAUGUAGCAGAUGAUUUCCCAGAGGACUUUUUCAAGAUGAAGGUUCUCCCAGAACUGCUAAAGUCGGUGGAGUUUGGUGGUGGUGGGCCGAAAGUCUUUGGAGCGAUCAUGAAGAUCAGCUCCAAGCUUUCAGACGAGGAGUACGAUACCCAGAUUACCCCAGUCAUCGUGAGACUCUUCUCUAGCCCCGACCGAGCUAUACGGGUUUGCUUGUUAGACAAUCUUCCUCUUAUGAUCGAGCAUCUUUCUCAAAAGAUUGUCAACGACAAGAUCUUCCCUCAAAUGGUAACAGGUUUUACGGAUGUUGCACCUCUAGUUCGAGAACAGACUGUCAAGGCUGUCCUUACAAUAGUACCGAAACUGUCAGAUCGAAUUAUCAACGGCGAGUUGCUUCGAUACCUUGCAAAGACGGCAAAUGAUGAGCAAGCAGGCAUUCGAACGAAUACCACAAUCUGCUUAGGGAAAAUCGCACGAAACCUUGGCAACCAUACCCGUACGAAAGUGCUUGCUGCAGCUUUCGCGAGAUCGUUACGAGACCCUUUCGUACACGCUCGUAACGCAGCCCUGAUGGCAUUAGCUGCCACUUGUGACUUGUUCAGCGAGGAAGACUGUGCCACAAAGCUUUUACCCGGUAUAUGUCCAUCUCUAGUAGACAAAGAAAAGAUCGUCCGAGACCAGGCUAAUAAGACAUUCGAUCUGUACCUCCAACGCAUUCGCAAAUAUGGCCAAAGCCUUCCAGACACCGCUCUUCCGCCGCCCACAGCCGCCGGAGUUGCAACCACAAACACACCACGAAUGGGAACGCCCCAGCAAGACACCUCCUGGGCUGGGUGGGCCAUUUCUUCAUUCACCAAAAACCUUGCUACUGCCAGCGGAGAGAUGCAAUCCGGAGCCAACGGCAACGGAGUUCCUGCUCCCCAAGAAGGGCCAUCGUCUGUGCCGCCUACUACUUCGUCCAAAGCCAACAGAACCCUUGGAACUAGCUCAUUACAGCGUUCCCCUCUCAUCAAGACCAACAGUAGCUCUGCAAAUCCGUUCUCCGCGCCGUCUUCAGAUGUUGCUGACAACGAGAACGACAUCGAAACGCAAGAUUUCAGCGCUGCCUGGGGCGAUGAGGAUGAGGACGCCGAUAAAUCCUCGGCGUUUGACCCCUUCGCCGCCAAACCCACUCCAGGUACACCUGCAGUCCACUAUGACGAUGGCGGGGAGCCUGAUUUCGCAGGAUGGCUGACGGCACGGUCGGUCGCAAAGAAUAAACCAAAGAAUCCGCUACCGAAGGGACUGACAAAGACAGCCAAGCUGACCACGUCCCGGCCUAUCGUUGCAGGAAGGGCUAACACGACCGGGCACACAGCUACGAAGAAAACCUCCAUGGCACCGCCGAAGCCGGUGCCUAAAAAGGUGGAGCAGAAAGCUGAAGUUGAAGACGAAGGGUGGGGUGAUGCUUGGGAUUGA